AUGCGACUCCUAUACAUUCAAAGAGGCACCGACGGCGACCAGCAUCUAAACCUCUCGCUAUGUGAAUUUCUUGGCGAGGACGUGCCGCCCUAUAUGAUCCUCUCACAUCGAUGGCGUGAAGACGAGGUUCUGUUCGCAGAUAUGAUGGUUCCGGAUCACACCAACGCUCAAGCGAAGAAAGGAUACGUAAAGCUGGAAUCGAGUUGCAGGCUCGCACUUCAAAUGAAUCUACAAUAUGCCUGGAUGGACACAUGCUGCAUCGACAAAACGUCAAGCGCAGAGCUUUCGGAAGCCAUCAAUUCUAUGUACAGCUACUAUGCGUCAUCCAAAAUAUGCCUUGCAUAUUUAGACGAUGUAGACGACCAUCCCCAAGGGAAGUUCUUCUUGAACGACGCGAUCUGGUUCACAAGGGGCUGGACCUUACAGGAAUUGAUUGCGCCGUCCGAGCUGAUCUUUUAUUCUCGUGGGUGGCUGCUUCUUGGUAGUAAACGAUCUUUGAGUCACCAGACAUCAAUCGCGUCCGGUAUUGCAGAAUCAGUUUUGCAAGAUGUCAGUCAUCUCCAGAAUACAUGUGUGUCUGCGAAGAUGUCCUGGGCAGCAAAACGCACAACAACACGGGCUGAAGACGAGGCUUACUCGUUGAUGGGGUUGUUCGGCGUGAACAUGGCCACUCUCUACGGCGAAGGGCGCCAGAACGCCUUCCGAAGACUGCAACUUGAGAUCCUCCGAACAACAACAGAUCACACCCUUUUCGCUUGG